AUGGAUCUUCCCCCUCGCCGUCCGGGUGCUGAUCCUGGGGUUGUGGUUGUGGUUACUUAUCGAAUCUUCUUUCACCCUUUGGCAAAAUAUCCAGGGCCAUGGCUGGCAAAGAUCAGCAAUCUUUACGCUGGGUAUCACUCAUGGCGAGGUGAUCUUCACGUAGAUAUGUGGAGAUGCCAUGAGGAAUAUGGGGAUUUUGUUCGAUAUGCACCAAAUGGUCUUUUGGUCAACACGGUCAAGGGCCUCCAUGAUGUCUAUGGCCACGGCAAAAACUUCCAAAAAUCCCAAAAAUAUGCCGCGAUGGUUCAUCGAGCACCCAACACAUUGACGGUGAUCGACAAGAACAAGCAUGGCAAGAAAAGAAGAGUCAUUAGUCAGGCCUUCUCAGAUAACACACUUAAAUCGUACGAAAGUGUGAUCCUUGAGCAAGUUCAGCAGUUGUGCAAUGCGCUGCGGGAGAGCAGUGAUGGUCAACCCGUUUCUAUUCAUACUUGGUCCCCUACUAAGGAUAUUGGUCAUCUAAGUGAUUAUUUUACCUUCGAUGUAAUGAGCAACGUUAUCUUUGGAGUACCAUGGUCUACUCAGCGGGAUCCAAAAUAUCGCUUUGUUCCGGAUGUCAUUGAGAAGUCUAAUGUGCGCGUUGGUGCAUUGUCUCAGGCGCCUGAGCUGGCCAUAUUGAGGCUCGACAAGUACUUGUUUCCUGAGGCCAUUAAGGCUCGGGAUAAAUUUAUUCAUUUUGUGGAGGAAAUGCUUCGCCAGGGAAUUCAAUGCGCCACUAAGUCGGGAAAGGGGGCAUUCGCAACCUUGAGUAAGGCGAUCGACCCUGAGACUGGCCUAAAUCUUCGCAUGAAGGAGCUGGCAGGAGAGAGUGCCACUCUCAUUGUCGCCGGCACUGAUACCACCUCGACUGCCUUGGCAGCUUGUUUUUUCUACCUGACACAUCACCCCGAUGCACUUGCACGGGCAGCCGCCGAAAUCCGCAGUGUGUUCCACGCACCAGAUCAGAUCAGUAUGGGCCCAAAGAUGCACCAGUGUGUAUUUUUGCGUGCCUGCAUUGAGGAGAGCAUGCGCUUAUCCCCCUCUGCGGCAGGCUCGUUGUGGCGAGAGGUGACUGACACGGGCGCUGACGUGGAUGGAGAAUUCCUUCCACCUGGAGUAGACGUGGGGACUUGCAUUUACAGCAUUCAUCACAAUCCCGUCUACUAUCCGCAGCCUUUCACCUUCUGUCCCGAGAGAUGGAUUGCCAAGGAAGCGCAGCUCAUCCAGAGCGACGUCGAACUGGCUAGGUCUGCCUUCAACCCCUUCUCCAUCGGGCCCCGUAGCUGCAUUGGCAAAGGCCUGGCGUAUGUGGAACUGCAUCUAGUGCUCUCGCAUGUCCUUUGGGCAUUCGAUCUUCAGAUGGCGCCAGGGGAGCUGGGUCACGUUGGCGAGGGCCACAAGGAUGGUCCUAUUGGGCGGCAAAGAGUCAAUGAAUUCCAGAUUUUCGACCAUCUGACAGCUGCUAAAAUGGGGCCGUUCUUGGAGUUCAAACCCCGUAUAUAG